UGGGUCCCGGUUUGCUAUGCGCCUGCGCACAAAGUAAUUCGACCCUCAAACCCGGAUGUAACCAACGCCUAACCUGUGGGAAGAAAAACGAUGCAGACGAUAAAAUGUGUAGUAGUAGGAGAUGGGGCUGUAGGAAAGACGUGCUUACUGAUCUCCUAUACAACCAACAAGUUCCCCUCAGAAUAUGUGCCUACGGUUUUUGACAAUUAUGCCGUGACAGUGAUGAUCGGCGGAGAGCCGUAUACGCUCGGUCUUUUUGACACAGCUGGUCAGGAAGAUUAUGACAGGCUGCGUCCUCUCAGUUACCCACAGACAGAUGUGUUCCUUGUAUGUUUCUCUGUUGUCUCACCCUCGUCGUAUGAAAAUGUCAAAGAGAAGUGGGUCCCUGAGAUUUCACACCACUGCCCAAGCACCCCUUUCCUGUUAGUGGGGACACAGGUAGACUUGCGGGAAGACAGCAACACGGUGGAGAAGCUGGCAAAGAACAAACAGCGCCCUUUAUUAUCCGAGAGCGGCGAGAAGCUGUCUCGUGAGCUCAAGGCUGUUAAGUACGUGGAGUGCUCUGCCCUCACACAGCGAGGACUUAAAAACGUGUUUGACGAGGCCAUACUGGCAGCUUUGGAGCCCCCCGAGACCAAAACAAAGAAGAGGUGUGCUCUGCUAUAGAACAGUGCUGACCGCGAGAUGCAAAACGGUGCAUAUAGAAAAAAUAGGUGGGAUGAUUGAAAACAUCAUAAAGAUUAGUGGCCAUUUUGACAAAAAAAAAAUCCCCAAAAAACAAAGGACAAAACCAAAGGGGAAGGGACGGUACCGUGGCAUCGAAAUGUAUUUCGGUACACACGUACACUGAUUGUGCCUUCAAAAUAAAAGCUGAAACAGGCUGAGGAUUCAAAGUAUCAGAUGUGCAGUGAAUGCAGUUUAAGCACCAACUGUGUCCUUCUCUGAAACCUUUAGAAAUCGCAGUGUUCUCUCUAUAAAUAUUCAGGUGGGGCAGGCCCCCCCUUGCCUGUCACUGUUUUUUUUUUUCCCCCCAAAGAAAUGUUCAUUUAUAAACUUGACAUUGGCCUCUUCCUGUGUUUUACUUACUGUGGCCUACUGGGUCCUUUAAACUCAGUAUAGGGAAGUAUAAAAGGGGAAAUACUUCAGUUACAUUUAACAUUAGUACGUUUAAGGGGGCAACUUGAUGUUAAGUGGUACUCUACUUGCUUUCUUUUCCGACCUUCCUCAGUUGAAUAAUGUCAAAAAACUAAACAUUUGCUGUCACUCCAAACAAAAGCAGUUGUCUGUAACGGUUACUUUCUUCUAACUAGUGGUGACUUGCAGGGAUGAAAAGUGUUUUCACCAAGUUCCCUUAUCCAGGUUACUUAUGAGUUUCUGUUUUCUUUUUUGUGUAUAUUGUAAUUUCACAAUGCUGUUUUGGGAAAAUGUUAGUAUUUUUUAAUUAUUUUUUUCCCAUUUUGAAACUUGAGUUGUUGUUUUUCGUUUUGUUUUUUUAAUUGCAAGACCUCCAACAUUUGAGCGAAUGAUGAGAAGAUUCAAGUUGUAAUAUUUUUAAUGGCUCUUGAGAAGAUGAACUUUUUCUAGUCAAUUUCUGGGUGUUUGUAAUCACAGGAUAUUUUUAAUAAAAUGGUUGAGCUCAAAUGAAAUGUAA